UUGUCAAAGUAAUUCGAUAAAGCAAUGGCAAACUAUUUGAGCUCUUUAUUACUGACCAUUGGAUUGGUUGUGUGCAUCGCUUACCUGGUGCCAGGAGCAAGUGCAGGAAAUGAUUAUCUGUGGGGCGAAAUCGGACCCAAUGACUACAAACUGGCCAAGGAUACAGUGAAAAAGGCAUUCUUCGUGGGCCUCGUCCAGACGAGCACCUACACAUUUACCCAGAAGGAUAACUUGAAUGCUCUAACCAUUACUGCCAUUCAAGUUACCGAUAAGAAGAAGAGUAAUGGAGCAACUGCCCAGCUAAUCAGCGGCGGACCCGGCUCAAAGGGCGCCACCAUCAAAUUCAAGUCCAAGCGUGGCUAUGGCAUUAAAGACGUUGUUGAGAUAUGGGGACGCUAGACAUUGAAUUAUUUGAAACCAAAUAUAUAUGCUCUGGCAAUUAAAUUGAA